AUGGAGCUCGUCAUAGUGAUUUCUCCCUACAGUAGAAUUAUUCCCCUCCCCCGCCCUCUGACAAGGAUCGCGACUCUCACCGCCCAAGGCAUCAUAGCCCCUCUCUUUCUCCAUCGCCCAAGGCCGAGGGAUGGUGGAUGCGACCGUGGGAAUGAUGGUUGCGUGCGCCAUUGGGGGGUGAGGGUGGUUCGGGAGCGGGGUGAUAUCGAGUGUCGCGUGUGCGGACCGUACGCAGGGAAGUUCAAAGAGCAGAGCACCGAUUUCAUGCCUUGGUGCCUCAGGUAUUGUAUUGGGUAUCUCGGGUGCGAUCGCAAGGCAAAACCGGAUUAUGGAUGGCGUCGUCUAUGUCAGCAAAGUGGAUUGCUCCAACCUGAGGCAGCGGCAGCCGCGAUAGACUCUGGGAAAGCCAGGCAAAAGAGGAGAACACGAAGGGUCGAGGAUGGCCCGCAGGCGGAGAGACCCAUCAUAAGUAUAAGCCGGAGGAUAGCCAGAAUGCAGGAAAGCAUUGAUUUGGGAAAGUCGGACGAGGCGACAGCUCAAGUGGCUCAGUUGGGUGAGUUGGCUGGGGAACUGAUAGGCUGCGGAUGCGCCAGAUCAGCAACUAGUCUUAAGAGUAUUUCUUUCUAUCGCGACUGGUUCCAUUGCAGCAGCCCUGCAGCUGCUGGUUGUCAAUCCACCGCAUCACGAUCACAUCCCCCCGUCCCCAUCGACAUGGAUGCCUGCCCCUUGGCCAGGGCGUCCCCCUGCAAGGUCGAUUCGCGACACUUGGAGCAUGCCUCUCCAGGACACCAGCCAUCAUUUCCCCCAGAUGAGCUCCACCCGAACAAGCUCGUCCUCGAUGACAGGAUGCUUUGCCUGGCCGUUGGGCUGCACAAGUGGCGGUGA